AUGGCUAACAUAAACACUUUUGAAAACGUUACUGUACGAUUUGCAUUACGUAUUAGACCAUUAACGGCUGAAGAGCUGGUUACUUUACACGCACCACUUCAAAAGAAUGUUCUUUCCACAACACCAUUCACUCCAAAUCAGGUCACCGUUCAAGGAGAAAGAAAACAAGCGUAUAUGUUUGAUCACGUUUUCGGACCAGAAAUAUCACAAAAAGAGAUUUAUGAUCGUGCCGUAAUGAAUUUAGUGGAUAAGUUCUUGGACGGUUUCAAUGCAACUAUCAUAGCAUAUGGUCAUGCAUCAUCAGGCAAAACGCAUACACUUGGGUUGUCGGGUGACGCUCCCCAAUCGAACGAAUCGAAGGGCAUAAUUCCAAGAGCAAUGACCACAUUGUUCUCCUGCAUAAAUUCAGCUCAGUACAAAGCGCGAAAAUUUGUUAUGAGAAUUUCGUUUGUAGAAAUACAUGAUGAUGAAUUAAUUGAUCUUCUUGGUGAUAAAGACUCUCAAGUUCUUGUUCGUGAAGAUUCAAAUAGUCGAAUACAUUGGCAAAAUCUAAAAGAAAUUAAAGUUAACAGUGUGGAAGAAAUAAUGAGACUUUUGUCUCGCGGCGUAUUAAAUCGAAAAAUUUCAACAUUGGAUACGGAUGCUGGCUCAUCGCAAGGACAUUUUGCUUUUACGGUGACACUUUCGCAGCAAAAGUUUGUCCCGUUAAAUGGUAUGCCAACUAAUUCUAGUCAUAUACCACCAACUAUUCCAAAAUUUAAUUUUGGAAUAUCAAAGCCAAGGGAAGAUAUAAAGACAAAUAAACAUUAUGAUAGUGAAUGGAUUGCUGUAACAAGUAAAUUUCAUUUUGUGGAUUUGGCUUGGAAGAAUACGAAUAAUGCUACCUUGGUGAAUUCACAAGAAAAAGAAAAUAAUCUGCUUAAUUCGACUAUCCUUCCUCUAGAAAAUGUGAUUAACACUCAAGGAAUGACAAUAAAAGUACCUGAUACAGAGUAUAAGCAAACAAGAACACUUAAAGACUAUCUUGGCAAUAACGCUCAAACAUUAGUUAUAUCAUGUGUUCCUCCUGCAUUAAACCAAAUCAAGGAAACUAUAAACACAUUGGAAUAUGCAACUCAAGCACGAAACCACAAGAAUACUUCUAUAGUUCAUCACGAGGUGGGAUGGCAUAAUUUGGAACACUUGCAGGAUCUCGUAUUGAAACUCAGAACUGAAGUAAGGGCACUGCGUGCAUCUGUCAGGGCUAACCCUGAUACUUCUAAUUCAGAUUUGGCUUCACAAACUCUUGAUAUACAAUUGAUAGAGAAACAAUAUACUCAGGACUCUCAAACAACGAGAGAUCUUAAUGGAAUCAUGAUCAAUCAUAAUGAUCAAAAAGAUAAAGAUAUUGAUGAACUUGAAGAAAAAUUAUCUCAUCUUCAACGUUCUUACGCCAAACUUUCCCAAGAUUUGCCAGUGAAUAACUCUGAUAGUUGUGUUAUUUCUAAAGAAAAUUUAUCAAAUAUUAAUUUAUUGACAAAAUAUUUGGAAUCGUUAAAAGAUGAUGAUGAAUCAUGUUUUAUUCAACGUGUAUUGCCUAGUUUUCAGAAGGCGAUUAAUCCUGUGAUUGAAGAAUAUGAAAAAUCCAUCACUUCACUUGAAGAUCAACUUUUGCUUGUCCGUACGGCUUUAAAUCACUCAGAAAGCAUGAUGCGAUUACAAGAAGAUAAACUACAGGAAGCAGAAGAACUUAAUAAUCAAAAUAGAAGUUUGAUUAAUGACCUUAAAACAAAAAUUUCUAAGUUAACCGAGAGAGAAGAGACAACAGAAAAUUACAUAAAAGACCUUGAAGCCAAACUUGACACUGAAGUAAUGGUUAAAAAGAAAGAUCAAGAAAUUAUUAACGAACUUAAAAAUCAAAUUAGCAAAAUGAAUGCUGAAGAUAGAAAUACUGAAAAUCGUAUCGAUUCUAUUGAGACACAUUUGGAAUAUAAUGAGAAUCAAAUUGCUGCCGCAAGCCAAACUGCAAAAGAUCUCGAAAAGGCAUUGUGCGAGAGGGAUGAAGCGUUUAUCACUUUAAAAAAGAGAUUAGAAAAACAACAUAUUAUUAAUGACGAAGAAAAGAAAUGGUUAAUUGGAGAAAUUGAGAUGCGUGAUCAUAGAAUCUCACAGUUGGAAAAGAAAGUUGAUGAUUUAGUCAACGAAAUAGCACGUUUGAAACAAUCUCAUGUCAACGCUAAUUACAACUCUCACUCAGGGAAUCGUUCUAGGUCGUCAUCUUUAUCAUCUGUUGAUAAUGUAUCUUUUACUGAUCAAUCUAAAUUAGGAACGAUAAUACAAAUUAAAGACUUUCCGUCGGUUUCACAACUCGAAUCAAGACUAUGUGAUCUUCAAAAGAUGCAUCACGAGACAAUGUGCGAAUUGGAAGAUAUCAAAAACAAAUACCAGACAUGCCUUAAAGAACUUAAUAACCUUCAUGCACAAAUUGAUGAAGCAAAAAAAUGUAAACAGUCAUCACCAGUGACUUCACCCGAUAAUUCAGACGCUAUCCCAACAAUAAUCUCGGAAAAUUUAAGUGAAACCUUAGAUUACUCUCCACGUCAUCAUGUGAACUAUCAUAAGGCGAGAUCAAAAUCAGCAGAAAUUCAGGGAUCGAAGAAACAUGAUCUCACAAAUGUUGCGAUCAUUCAAAACCUUCAAAUAGAACUAAGACAAUUGGAGGUUCUUCAUGCUGACAAAGCACGUGGUUUAGAUACUAUGAAGCAAGAAUUUGCUCGUCUUGAAAUUAACUAUCGUGAAACUCUUGAAAUCGUUGAAGAACUUAGGGAAGAGAUAAAGCAUAGGGAUGCUCGGGAACAACAAGAAUCUGUUUCUGCAGUUACGUCAGAAUAUACUCAGACAGAUGGAGAUUAUUCGAUGACGGCCCAAAGUCAGACUAAUCAGCAUGAGCUCAUACAAAAGCUUAAAGAAGAAAUAGAACAUCUCGAAGAAGAGCAGAGGAUUGCACUUGAAACUCUUGCCGCGCAUAAAAAGAAUUACAAUAUCGAUGCGGUAACAAGGAUACAAACAAGUAUCGUAGAACUUAAAGCUGAUAUACGUCGAAUUAUAGAGUGUGAUCAAUAUUCUGAUAAAUCACGUGUUGAUACUGUGAAUCGGUUACAAUCUAGGUUGAAGGAACUCGAAGAACAGUUAAUAAAUGAACAAGAAGCUACUGGACGAUCUCAAAUUAAUGAGGAUGUUGAAACUCCUUUCGAUGCAUUGCAACAAACGGAACAAGCCAAUAUCAUAUUGAUGCUUCAACAACAAGUGAGCAAACUUCAAAAUGAAAUCGAGGUAAAAGGCCAUGUGAUAGCUGUCCUAAAAUCUCCAUCAAUUGAUCAACAACAUAUCAUCGAAAGACUUGAAGAUGAAUUGCAUUAUUUGAAAGAAGUUCAACGACUCGCUGUUGAAGCCAAAAACAAGUUGUCUGUGACGCCUGAAAAAGAAGAGACUAAGAUCGGAGACGAGAUUGUCAGCGACUGUUUGGAACAAUCUUCUGAUGUGUACAUAAAAACAUUGGAAGAAAAGGUUGGAAGUCUUGAAGCUCAAUUAGAAAUGACAAAAGAAAUGCAAGUUAAAUCUUACAUUGAUUCUUCACAAAGAGCUGUUGACAUUCUUCAGGAAAAACUAACAUCUCUUCAGCAUAAACUUGAUGCAAAGUCUGAUACUAUUGAAACUUUACAAUUUGAACAAGAUAUCGCAUCUGUUCUUCAAGAACAACUUGACAAUUUGAAAAAUGAUAUUCAAAAAAAAUCUGAUGUGAUUAAAACGUUGAAAAAAGAUCUAGUGGAUAACAAUCUGCUUGAACAAACAUUAUUUCAAAAGGAAGCACAAACCUUAAACUUAAAAAAAAAACUUUCUCAGAUGCAAAAACAAGAAGAAAGUUUACAGAAAGAAAUGUCUGAAUUAAAGAGACGAUUAAGUAACUUAACGAGUGGUGAUGACGUAAAUAAAGUUCUUCAAACUGAGUUGGAUAGUCUACGAAAAGAACUCCAAGAUGUCCGUGAAAGAGAAUUCAUCGCCCUUGAAAGACUUCAACUCCUAAAAAGUAGGAUAGAUUGUGAUUCUGAAGAGUCUCAAUUGCAAGAACAAUUGGACUAUUUGCGAAGUGUAGAGUUGAUGCAAAAGAACAGAAUAAUAGCAUUAGAAAAUAGAAUUUUGGAGAAAGGCGAACAUAUCGAUGAAUUUCUUUUUCAACUUCGAACUGAUCUAGUUUUAGCCAAAGAGUCCAAAAUUUUACAUCUUAGGACAAUUGAAGCUCUAGAAACAAAACUACAAAGCAUUGAAGAUAGAACUCUAGCCAGCACACUACAGCUUGAAAUGGCAGAGAUGAGAUUUAAAGAAUCUCAACAAUUAGAAAAAAUACGUAACCUUGAAUUGAAUUUGAAUCAUCAAACUGCAAAUGAUAUUCAUCAUAUUAGAUGCAUGCUUGAGGAAAUUAAAGAUAUUCAUAGUCAUGAAUGGAAGCAAUCGGAAGACAUUGAGCUCACAGAAACAUCUUUAGGAUUAGUAAAAAGUGAAUCUGACAUUUCCCUUCUUAAGGACGAGAUAACUAUCCUAAAAAAUUCAAAAGUUACACUUAAUAAAACCAUUCAAGACCUAAAAUUCAAACUUGUAGAUUCCCAAGAACAGCUUUCGAAUCUUGAAACUUUAAAAGCAGAAAUAAGUAAUUUGAAAAAAUUAGAGAGUGAACAAAAAUAUAUAAUUGAGCAAUUACAACUACAGCUUUCUGAAAUCAAAAAAUCCAAAGAACUUUCUAAAAAUGAACUGGAACUUAUGCAAAAAGGAAUCAGCCAUCAGAAUGAAGUUAUUGAAUCUCUCGAAAAAGAAGUUAUAAGUUUGAGGCAAGAAUUAUUCACUGCAAAAGAAAUAAAUGUCUCAUCAGCUCGCGAGCUAGAAAAUUUGUCCGAGAAAUUGAACUCAACACAGAAACUAUACGAUAAUGAACAAAAACGGGUUAAAGCUUUGGAAGUCGAAAUAGAAACGUACAAAAUUGCCGGUACAAACACCGACAAAAAUGUAAUUGCUUUACGGGAAGCGUUAGCUAAUACCAAACUUGAAAUGGUUGCUCAAAACGAAAUUUUGGCUGAACUUGAAACCGAAAUGAUGGCUAUCGAGAAAAAGCGUGAUCAUCAUAUUGAAAUCGGGGAAAAGUUAGCAGUAAAACUUCAAGAACAAGAAUUCAUUCAUAAGGAAACUGUUUCAGGUCUUGAAUCGAAACUCUCGAAUUUAGAAACAAAACUUGCUAAAGCACAAGAUUCAUCUUUUCAAAGCAAGAAAAUAAUAACCAAUCUCGAACAAACCCUUAUGAAAGUUCAAACACAGCUAGAGGAUGCAAGGUUAUCAGAUGUUAAACAUACACAAUUCAUUACAGAAUUACAAGAUAAAUUAAUAGAGACAAAUACGAUUUUAAUGGAAAGAGAGAAACAAUUGACCACACAAGAUUUUCAAAUUGCUGAGUUGGAAGCUGUCAUACAUAAAACACAAAUAGAGCUUGAAAAGACUAAAGCAUCUGAACAUGAAGCAGAAGAACGUGUAAAACAAGUUGAAGCAAAACUAUCAGAGAUCGCCUUCAGAUUGGGAAGUAGUCAUUCUAUUGAAGAAUUUGAGGCCGCCAAAAAGAUGGCUGAAGAGCAAUCAAUACUUGUUAAAGAGCUUGAAGAGAUAUUGGAGCAGAUUCAAAACCAAACAUGUGCAGAUGCCGAAAUUUCAAAUGCCAAUAUUGCCAAAAUAAGGGCGGAACUGGAAGAAGCUCGAGCAGCUGAAAUAACGAAAACAGCUUUAGUUAAAGAUUUGGAGGAAAUGUUGAAAGCAAAAAAUAAUAAUAUCUUAGAAUUAGAACGAGCAAUGAUGAAUUCAAAAGAAGAACUUGAAAAAAUUAAAGAAUCAGAAUUAAUACACAUGGAAAUGAUAGCAAGUCUGGAAAGUAAACUUCAAGAAGUUGAAGCACAACGGGAAGAAGGUAUUCUCAAGCUCAAGGAAGCGAAUGAAGAAAUUACUUUGAUGCAGAAACAAUAUUUGGACUUGCAAAAACAAGUCGAAGAUUCCCAGUCUCAAUUAGCCAUGCAACGUGAACAAAAGAAUAUUGAUGAUAUGUUGUCCAAUCAAUUAAAAGAAGUCCAAAGCCAAGUAAAAGAACAUUUAAAACAAAUUGGAGUUCUUGAAGAAAAGAUUCAACAGCUUGAAAUCGAAAAGAAACAAGAAAGUGAACUUUAUGCAAAUGCAACUGAAGAACUGGCUCAACUGAAAAAGGAAUUCGAGUCAUUGGCAGAAGAAUUUGCAGACGCUGCCAGUAAAUUUGAGAAUGCUGAUGAAUUAUCCAAACAGCAAAAAAUUCGUAUUGAAAACUUGGAAUCAACCCUAAAUGAAGCAAAAAAUUUACAAACAAUAACACCCACUCUCCAAUUAAACGGUUCGGCUGAAAUAAUUGAAACAUCAAAAUCUUUUGACACCGAACUCGCCAAUUCUACAAUAAAUUCACUCACAUGUGCAAAUGAUGAACUCAUGGCAAGGAUUAUUGAAUUGGAAGCUCGUGCAUCUACGCUAACUGACCAAAAUAAAAACUUGCAAAAUGAGCUUUCUUGUUUCACUGCGAAAGACAUGCGAGUAUUUGAAGACAUGAAGCAAAAGAUUGUAGAAUUUGAAGCUGUUAAAAAAGAAUUAAAAGAAUUAGAAGAAAUAAAUGAAACCUUUUUUGAAGAAUGUAAGAUACUUGAAGCUAAGGUUCAGUCCUUAAUGAAGCAAUUAUGGUCUCUUACAAAUGGUGGAAAUGAUGUAGCUCUUCAAGUGGCAGAAUUGAAUGAUCAAAUCAUAAAACGUGAAAAGGAGAUUUCAGAAUUGAAAAUUAAAUCAUCAACAGCAAACAAAGAAGCAAAGGAAGAAAUUUCACGGCUUUUGAAUGAAAAUGAAUCCCUCAGGAAGACAGUGCAGAAAAUAAAUUCAGAUCCCAUAGUUGAUGCUACCAAUUUAGAUGCUUAUACACUUUCACAUCAAGAUGACAUGAAAUCCAUGCAAAAAAAUACAUCUCCAGAUAUCAAAAAGAACAUUCAACAUCUUUCAGACAAUUUAACAAAUGCGCCACCGCCUACGCCACCACCAAGUCACCCAUUACCACCAGUACCAAUUUCAUUACCACAAACUCCUAAUAGCCCUAUUUCUCGAUCAACAACACCAAGUGUAGCACGUCCUCGCACACCACUCUCACCGAAGCCUGAAUACAUUCAUUCAGAAUCAGUAGGAUCAAAUAACUCAGAUCUUGUGUUGGAGAUUCAAAGGUUAAAUAAAAGAAUUGCAAAGAUUGAAGGAGAAAAUUUGCAAAAUCAACAGCUUGUCGAAACGCUAGAAUCUACUCUAAAUGAAAACGAGAUCAAUUUGAAUUUGGCCAAACAAGAAUUGGCAAUUAUUCAAAGCCAAAAAACGGAGUUGGUUAAACAAGUUAAAAAUUUGAAAUCUCAACUGGAUGAAGCAAAAGAUGAAAUAGAAAGCACAAAAUUUGAAGUUAAAAAUGAGAAGCAAGUCAUGGAAAAGGUAUUAGAAGAAGAGAGACAGGCCAAAGAAAAAUCAGAACGGGCAAGAAUCGCUUUGGAAAAUGAAAUGGAGAAACUCAUGGCAAAAAGAAGCAAAUUUAUGUGUUUUUAA